AUGAAUCCUCAGAACAUUGUGUUUACUAUACCUCCCCACUCGGACGACCCGAAUGACCAGCCUGGUCUUUGGUCCACGGCGCAAAGCACCACCGUUUCCCUCCAACCAGACCCGGAAGACUCAGAUUCGAAUACCCUUCUCUCCACGCUCAAGCGUCACUUCGCCGCGGAUGUCGACACUACACACACCGACCUCAUCCUCGUCCUUUGCGGAUUCGUCAGCGGUCUCGUCGACGGCCUCUCUUUCAAUGCAUGGGGCAGUUUUGCAAGCAUGCAAACUGGAAACACCGUCUUCAUCGCCCUCGGCGCAAGCGGGCAACCCGCAUACCCAGCCUACCUGUGGGCCAAAUCCCUCGUUGCCGUGACCGUUUUCAUCCUUUCCAACCUCCUCUUCAUCCACUUCUACCGCCUACUCUCGCCCCGCCGUCGCUCCACCCUCAUCUUCUCCUUCAGCACGCAAACCCUCGCCCUCCUCGCCGCGGCGCUUCUCGUGCAGACCGGCACCGUCAGCCGCAAACCAGAGGACCCCCGCGCCCCAAUCCAAUGGAUCCAGAUCCUCCCCAUCUCUCUACUCUCGUUUCAGGCCGCCGGCCAGAUUGUGACCUCGCGUAUCCUCGCCUUCGACGAGAUCCCAACAGUGGUGCUAACGACACUGCUGUGUGAUCUGCUUGUUGACCGCGAGCUGUGGGCGCGGGGCUGGAAGUCAAACCCCAAGCGGAAUCGGCGUGCCGGAGCAUUCGUGGCGCUGUUCCUGGGGGCGAUGACGGCGGGCGGGUUGAGCAAGGUGACGGUCCUCUCCGCCACCGAAGAUGGCAUCACAACCAUCACCAUCACCAUCACCCGCCCCCACCGCCGCAACGCCGUCGACCCGCCCACCGCCAAAGCCCUCUACGCACACAUCCUCGCCUUCGAAGCCGACCCGGCCCAGAAGAUCCGCAUCCUCACAGGAAUAGGCGAGACGUUCUCGCCGGCGCGGACCUCCACGCCAUGGCGGUGGGGACUGCCACGGGCCCGCAGGAAAAUCUCCAGCCCAUACCAGAGGCGGAGGCGAAGACGAAGACGGCGUCUGCGGAUCUUACACAUGGCCGGGGCGCGAUGGGCCCGUGGCGACUACAGGCCUCCAAGCCGCUUGUCGCUGCGGUCGCAGGCCGCACGCGAGUUCAUCACGCGCGUCCACUGCGCCUGCGCCAACAUCCGCAACUGUCCCGUACCGGUCAUCGGCCGCAUCAAGGGCUACGCACUAGGCGCGAGUCUCACGGGGGCUGCAUCAUGCGGCUUCUGCGUCACCAGCGCCAAAGCUGUAUUCAGCAUGCCCGAGGUACGCGUUGGGAUUCCCAGUGUUAGUGUUGUCGAGGCGGCGCUGUUAGUUGGACUCAUCGGAUGGGUCUGUAGCCUGUACGCGUCGGCUGUUGAUUCUGGUCGACAGUGUCUCCGCCCAAGAAGGUUUGCGAUGGGGACUAGUCGAAAAGGUUGUGGAACUCGACCAUAG